UUUCCUUCCCCUCAACUUUCUUGCCCCCGGCCUUCUUACCGGUGCAACAUUAUUGCACAAGUGUUCACUGGUGCUGGUCGCCCCUUCAGUCCCAAUUCUAUCUGCAAGCAAGUCUACCCCGUCCUCUCUACCAUCCGCCGCGUCAAUAUGCCUCUCGCCCUCUCUCCUGUUCCCGAGAUUUCCAUCUCCCUUGCCUCGCCCGAGGAGCCUGCUCCGGAGCCUUUCUCUCCUUUCUCCGAAUGCACCUUCCUCAGCGACGACUCUGAGAGCUUCCGGCCAUCGCUGCUUUCGCCUCCGCCGUCUAGCAUGACGCCGAAGCAGCUGUCGCCCCUGCGGCCCAAGGACGCGCCGGUGACGGGCAAAGGUCUGGAGAGGGAGAGAUUCGAAGCAAUGCUGCAAGCCCAGCGUGAGCGGAAUGCGGCACUGGGAAGUAAGAGGUCGAGCGAUCUUCGUAAGGAGAUUGCGUUAAAGGUGCACAAGAGCAAGCAAAUGGAACGUCGUGCACUGUUCCUGUCAAAGGUGCAGGCCCCUCCGUCGCCAUCUGCUACGUUCAUCCCAGUCACCCCUCCCGAAUCGCCCGCCGUGUUCCACUACUCGCUGCCCUCGCCCGGUCUCGAGUCUCCUUUGGAGGUCUUCGAGGCCUUGACUCUUGGCCGUUCGAAUGUGUCUGCCUGCCAGCCCUGGGUCGAGCAGGUGGAUUUCCGCCUCCCCGGGGAUGUGCACCCCAAGGCGCCCCUUCGGUCCACCCCAGCAACGGCCACGAAAAGAAAGGUGCUGCCCUCCCUCGAUCAGAUCACUGCUCGCAUGAGCUCUAUCGGCCACGUCGCCGCACCGGCGCACGAGGAACACGCGCGCGCGUCCAUGCGCCUCCCAUCUUUCCUCCGGACGCCCGCUCGCGUCGAGCAGCCCGCGGUCCAGUCUACCAAGGCUGAAACGCUACAGCCAGCCGCGAGAGCUCGUGCUAAGCUGCCGACUGGAGUCGGUCGACUGCGGUUCCCGACCAGGGAGGCCGCCGAGGCGCCUAAGGUCGAGAUUGCUCAGCCGACUCCCUGCCUUCCUCCGGUCUCUCCUCGGUCUCCCCUUGCGCCACGGCUGCAGGUCACGACGACCGUGGUCCCGCGUACCGCGUCCUCGUCCCCCGUCGAGCUUACGGAGUCGAACCUGAUGAAGUUCAGCGCGGAUUCGCGCGAGCGUACUGCACAUAACAUGCUUACGCGCCUGCGCCGCCGCACUCUUCCUCCGCAAAUUGCCGUUCCCGCCCCCGGCGCGAUCGACAUGGAGGACGAGACUGAGCGGAAGAGCCGCAGGCACAGCGCCCCGCCCGAGUUGCCUCAGCGUAACCGCAUCGGAUUCUCGCACCCCAUUCUGGAACUCCCAGGAGCGUUCUGACGCGCCAAUAAACAAUGACAGACCCGACGUUCCUUUCUUCUGUUUGGUUGCCUACCAUCAUGACAAACUGGUCGUAAUGUUUCCUAUCGUGGACGGUUCGAGACGCGGAUACUGCUUGUAUCUUUAUUCUCCGGAAUUCUUGUGUCGCUACCUCACUAGUCUCCUUCUGUAGAUACUUCAGGCUUGUGUUGUCCUCUCUUGUUUUUCUUCCCUUACUUUUUUUUCGUUCCCGCCGUGCCGGUUUGGGACUCGCUUUCUUGGGGGUGCUGUACGAUGAUGCUGGCGUUCUCACGAGGCGGUCGGGGAGCUCGAGGCCGGCUGCGCCUGCCAAGAGUGAACCGCCCCUCCUGCUCCCAACAUACAUCCACACAUCAUCUGCCAUUCGCACAGUCCAACCAGUACUGGCCGCGCGAUGCGCCGUGUGCGCCGUAUUGCCGUCUCGGAGCAGGCUCUCCUAGUUAGCACUCAUCUGUGUUGCACCUCCCAACAUUCCUUGCCAUCACCAUAGCCCAUUCGAUGUACUCACAUACCUACCUACCCCGCAUCCUGGGAAGAUGCAAGGGCUGUGCCCACAUCGAUCCCUUACCUACAAACCACCAUCGC